UCCAUGGGUUUUGAAAUCACUCCUUGCUUAGGAGCAAAAGAAUUGGGAUAUACUGAGGGAAGGAGGGAGCUGAAAGUCUGUUUUUGUCUUGGAUGGCCAUUUCAUAUGCCUUAUGAAGUUAUAAAUGGAAUGCAGAGUCCUAUUGUUUUUUCAGCAGAAGAGAACUAAAAGAUAACUGUAGCAGGAGCUGAGGACAUAUAUUUGGAACAGUCUUGCAGCAUCUGAAAAAACAGGAGUGAGGACAGGGAAAGAAUUUAUUGAAUGUGUUUCUACAUCCAAAUGGGAAGCCUUAUUUUUUCUUCUGUACACCUCAGUGGAUGAUGUGUUGGUCAGGGGCAAAGUUAUCCUGACCAGCACUUCUGUGCUGUGUGAUCAACAAGGUCUGUCCACGUAAAAGCCUAGGCAGGUCCCUAAAGCCUAUUGACAUGAGUUCCAAAAGCACUGUUUUAAUAAAGGAGUAAAGAGAGUUUUAGUAAGGGAGCAAAACUCCACCAGUUGAGGACUUCUCAUUAAGAAGGACAGAAUCCUGAGGAAGAUGAGGGUGAUGGCGACCUGGAUAAUUCUGUGUAGUUCUACAUUUGGAGUGAGUCAUGGGGACUUUGGUGAUUUUUUUUUAAUACUUUGGAAGCUCUUCUAGAGGCACUCAAAAGACUUAAGGAAAUGGACAAAGGCUGAUGCAAGCUAUUCUAUCACUCCUUUGCAUACUGAAAACUGAAACCAACAGUGCUGUACAGAAAUGCAGAUGAAAUACCUGUUUUCAAUUUUUUAUCAUAGAGGAGAAAGAAGAUACAGAUCAGAAUAUUACCCUGUGGGGGCAACAAAGAUAAGUACCAUGUGAUUACUGUCGAAUAGGGGAGAUUUGGUGAAGUACCUGAAAUCUUCACUAGCUAGCAAUGGGUUAAAGAGCUGUAUUAACACUAGUAAAUUCUGAUGUGUCAUUUUUGUGCUCAGCAUCAGAUUUAAAAGAAUCAAAAAACAGGAAUAUAGCAUCAACUGUUCAGCAGAGUGGGAUCUGAUUACUUCUAUGUGAUGCAAGAUUAGUUUUACUUUCCCCCUCCCUGGCCAGGUGCUAUUAUUCUUUCAGCAUUGAGUUUUAAUGUUACAGCUCUGUUAACGAGGAAGAUUACAAACAUAACCAGUAGUCUCUGAAUAUUCCUUGAAGAUGAUGGGUAGAGCUGCUGCAAUGAUCUGCCAUAUAGUGGAGGAACACCCAGGGUGGCAUCUCAACUGCCCUUCAAAUGAAACCAUCAGUGUCUGUUUUGUCUUCAUUUGGUCUUAGUUCCUUAUUACCUUGUUUACUGUAAGUACAAACAGUCUUAAAAUUCUGUCUUUCAGUGUCCAAAAAGAACUAGCACUGGAUGGAGCCCAGCAGCCUAGCAAGCUUUGUUGGAAUCAUCAUUAGAAACUCAUCAGGACAUGUUUGUGGUGCUGGUGGGGAGGCAGAUUGCUCUGAGAUUGGAACUUGGAUUUUACCUAGGUGGAAAACAUGGGAAAAAAAUGGACUCGGAUGUGAGGAAAUACAGAAUUGCCAAGGGGAAUAUUAAUUAAGUUCUGUUUUGGGGGGAUUUUUUUGUCUUUUCUACCAAAACUUUCCACACACAAGAAGCAUGACUGUUUCUCAGAGGUGCUGAGGCAUGCGAGCCAGCUCGCCUGAAACCGCUCGACGCAGCAGCCAGGAGCAGCGGCCGAACCCCGAGCGCCCGCGCUGCGUGGCGGUAACGGGCUCCUGCGUAAUCCCCUCCUCGUCCCGCCGGCAGCACCUCUCCCGCCGAGGGCGUCCAUUUUGUCUCACCUCAGGUGAGCCAAGGCGCCGCGGGGAAAUGGGGCGCCGGGAAGGCAGGGAGGGCGCCGGCGGCCUGCCCCUGUGCCGAGGCUGCGGAUCGCACGAAGACAGCCCAGAGCAGGGCAGCAGCGCACGACGUACGCGUUUUAGGUAAUCUGUAACUUCAGAGUAAAAGAUAGUGCAUGGUAUGAAGAUUUUACACUACUACAUUGAAGAUCUGAAGGAUUGGGAGUGGAAUGCAGACACAUGAAGAGUUUGAUGGCUUUAUUUGUGUCAGGAUAUUCAACAAAACUCAAGCUGGUGGCCUAGAUAUCAGAAGAGAUGAAACUGAGGAAGAAGAAAUGAGCCGUCAGACUGCUACAGCACUACCGACGGGUACUUCAAAGUGUACGCCAUCACAGCGAGUGCCUGCGCUGACUGGCACUACAGCUUCCAAUAAUGACUUGGCUAGUCUUUUUGAGUGUCCUGUGUGUUUUGACUAUGUGCUGCCACCAAUUCUUCAGUGUCAGAGUGGCCACCUUGUUUGCAGCAACUGUCGCCCCAAACUUACGUGCUGUCCAACUUGCCGAGGCCCCCUGGGUUCCAUUCGUAACUUGGCUAUGGAAAAAGUUGCCAAUUCUGUACUAUUCCCUUGUAAAUAUGCCUCUUCUGGAUGUGAGAUAACUUUGCCACACACAGAAAAAGCAGACCAUGAAGAGCUGUGUGAGUUUAGGCCUUAUUCAUGUCCAUGUCCUGGUGCUUCAUGUAAAUGGCAAGGUUCUCUGGAUGCUGUAAUGCCACAUCUGAUGCAUCAACAUAAGUCUAUUACAACACUUCAGGGAGAAGAUAUAGUGUUCCUUGCUACAGACAUUAAUCUUCCUGGUGCUGUUGACUGGGUUAUGAUGCAGUCUUGUUUUGGCUUUCAUUUCAUGUUAGUGUUGGAGAAGCAGGAAAAAUAUGAUGGUCACCAGCAGUUCUUUGCGAUUGUACAGCUGAUAGGAACACGCAAGCAAGCAGAAAACUUUGCUUAUCGACUUGAGUUAAAUGGUCAUAGGCGGCGAUUGACUUGGGAAGCAACUCCUCGAUCUAUCCAUGAGGGAAUUGCAACAGCCAUUAUGAAUAGUGACUGUCUAGUCUUUGACACCAGCAUUGCACAGCUCUUUGCAGAAAAUGGCAAUUUAGGCAUCAAUGUAACUAUAUCAAUGUGUUGAAAUGGCAAUCAAACCUCUUCAGGCCAGUGUUUAAAACCGUUGCAUUUAAUUUAGCAGAAACUAGGGUAACCAUCUUUGACUGUCAGACAAAUUAUUUGGUAGACGGAGGAUAGACAUAUAUGAAGGUAAAUAAAAGGAAAGGCUAUUAAAUCGCAGGAAGCAGUUGCAUGUAGUAACACUAAUAUAUUUAAAAUAAGUCAACAGUAAACCACUGAAAAUAUAUAUACACCCAAAAUGGGCAUCUUUUGUAUUAAGAAUUGAUUCUACAGGAAAUGUUGUAAAAUAAUUCUAAAAACUUGUUUGUAGAUUGAUUGUACUGUUGAAAAGGAUACUGUUUCGUGUUUUUGUUUGUGUUUUUUUCCUCCCCUUUUGACUGACAAGCCAUGUUGAGUGGUCUGAUCUCUGGCCGCUGCUUUUCCCCCCACCUUUGUAAGUCACUACAUAGUAUUGCUGCUGUUUGUGUAUAUUUUUUGUGUAUUUGCUAAUUUUUAUUAACUUCUAGUUUUUCAUUAAAUAAAUAUGACUUUCUUUUCUGUAAUUCAGGUUUUCUCUUUUUUGUAUCUUUUUAAAAAUUAAUUACAGGUGUCUUCUUUUGAUAUGCAUUAUUGCUAUGGUAAAACUUACUUAUAUUUCUGUAUGUUUGGUAAAUUUUGUCUCUUUCCAGUAGUCAAUUCAUUGGUGAUACUGUUCUUAAUUGAGCUAUUUUGUGAAUGUAUUGAACUUGAAAGGAGUAAUUACGUUCAAAGAUGUGUUGAGAAAGGAGGCUCCUUUAAAAACAGUCUAGAUGUUGUUGUACUUUGAGUUAUAUCUUCUAACAAAAAUGAAGAAUUAUUAAGAUUUUUCCAAAUCAAAAAAAAAAACCAAAUUCAUGUUUCAAAUUUAGAGAUGCUUAGAAACUCAGUUGCAUCCUUGUAUUUGUUGGUUUUUGAGUACACGAAGUAUUGUAUUACACAGUAUUUGUAACUAUAAAAACAGACCAUUUGUUUAAAAAAAAAAAAGGCAGUCAGAAUGAGAUGUUUUCAGACUUUUUAUAUUUGACAUUAAAAGAAUUCCUGGCAAAUUAAAAAAAAAUUUUGCUUUUUGCUUUAGCUCAAAGUUUGACACAUUAAUACUAUUGCUCAGUUUCCUGUCCUCAUGUCUUUUGGUUGUUACUAAUGAAAGUAAUUUUCUUGAACUGAUCUUGUAUAUCAUUGUAGUGAUAUGAUAUACAGUAAAAUGCAAAUAAUUUCUUACAGAUAUAAUUCACCAGCCAUAAAGGCUUUUGUAGGAUAUUGGGCUUUAUGCAGGUUGCCUAUAUGUGAAAAUUUUACCAUGAAUGUAUAUGGUAUGUGUGUUAUAAAACAUGGAGGCAGAAAAACGAGUAAGUUGAAAAACUGUUAAAUCUCAAGCUAUUUGAAAGAAAUCUUUGUCAAACCUAGUAAUUAUGGACAUCUGUUUGGAGAGGUAGUCUGGCUAUUAACUACUUUUGUAACACAUUAAAAUACAGUUUAUUUACUGUG